UUUGUGUGUGGUGUGUUCUGGAGUUUGGGAAUGUGUUUUGUGUUAUUCUGUCUGAGCAGGUAUUUGUGAUGAUAGAUCUUGAGAAGAUCUUUCCGACGCAACGAGAAUCGCUUCAAUCGGAGCAAGAACGCGAAAGCUAUGAAGAUUCAAAGUUCAUGAGCUUGCGUUACAAUUGCGGCGGUUACAAAGUGAAGUUGUGGGGUGACUUUAUAUGGAGUUGGGACCUUUGGGGUUGGGGAAACUUGUCACUCUACUGUAACAGCUGCAAAUAGGUUGGGAACAACCAAGCUAGGUUGGCAAGGGUGGCCAACUUGGAUGGAUUGGUUGGGAAGGGACAAAGGUCAAAGUUGAGGUUCCUAUAGGGAGGGAAUCUUUGUGCUUAUGGGGUUUCCUUGGUUGGGGACUCUCUUGGGACCUUCCCUCUCAUCCUCUCUUCUAUCCCAACCUUUCUCUUGCUCCUCUAAUUCCUUGUGAGAUUCUUGAACUUUGAUUGAACUUUUGAGAUUGAGUUAAGUUCUCCUCCUACAGCUUACCCCCUAAUGCGUCGAAAGCCAUAGCGUCGCGAAUACUUCAUCAAUCAACAUGAUUCAAAUUGGGAACGGUAGCUGAGAUUAAGAGCUACAACAUAUCCAAGUUUCGCGACAUUCCAACGGCUAGUUUUCUGUCGACGUCGUUUCUUGUGAAGACGACUUUUCUGUCCAGAAUUUCGGAUUUAUAUUUUUUGAGUAAUUCUAGCUCCUAAGUUCACCUAGACUCCGUCCUUAAUCCAAACAAGUGGUAUCAGAGCCAUAUUAAGGACAUUGAGAGGAGUCUACAGAAGUUUGAAGACCCUUCUAGACCCACCAUGGCCUGUGGGUGUGCCUAAGUGGUGUUCUAAAGGUUGGAUGUGUCUUCCGCUAAGGGGAAACUCUGCCGAAAUUUCGUGGACGCCGACACUUGUGAAAAUAUCGAGGGAGCUGAGUGUGGACAGCAAAGGGGAGCUGAAAUUCGUCAUUUCUCAAGGAGAAGAUGAAUGAGAGAGGAGGAGAUGCUAAUGGAAGAGGAGCUGUAGCUGAGAAGGCAAGUGAGCCGCCGCCAUCAAAAGUUGAAGCUUUGGAUGGCUCCAACUAUGAGGAAUGGAGCGGGCGGAUGAGGAGUGCCUUCAAACGCUACAAGCUACUGAAGAUUGCUGUUGGGGAAGAGAAGAUGCCGGAAGAAGGCGAAGCACGCGAACGGUGGAUUGAGAAAAGCGCGGUGCUUUUCGACCUCAUCCUUCAAUCGGUCAACAAGGAGAUGUUCGAGCACAUCAAGGAUCUUGUGGAAGCGGAUGAUUCGGGUCCAAGGGCGUGGAAACUACUACGUGAUGUGAUUCAGCCCAACACUCUCCCAAUGGUGAUCGUGCUCGAGAAGGAACUUGCUGCCAUCUCCAUGCGACCAGGGGAUGAUGUGAAGCCGGUCCUUGACAAGAUCAAGGACACCUAUGCAUGGAUGGCAGCAGCGGGCAGCAGUGUAUCUCAGCUGCAGCAGUGCACCAAGAUCAUCUCGGUGUUGGACAACUCUUGGGACAACCUCAUCCCCACCCUCAACUCUCAGCAAGAUCAAUGGACACCUGAGUGGCUAAGGCAGCAGAUUCUGCAGGAGGACUUCCGCAGACGCCAUGUGGGAGGCGGUGCUGCCACUAAGACUGCUGAGGGCCGCCAAGUGGUGAACGCGCACAAGGUGGCGCUGUGCAAGGCUCAGGUGCACAAGGUGAAGGUGCACAAGAAGAGCAAGGCCGAAGUGACCUUUGGACCAACCAGCUGCCGUGCUAAGCUUGGGAAGAAGGUGCUGUGGAGUCUGGAAGAGGAGACCAGCUGCAUCAAGGACCUGUGGCAGCUGCCCAUCAUCCCUUGGAAUGGGAAGACUCCAACAGCAGCAACGGCAGCAGCGGCAAAGGCAACAGCAGGAGGAGAUGCAACUGCACCAACUGAUGGGGUCCUGGAAGCAGUCAAGAAAGUGCAGCAGCAGCAGACACAUGGUGAGGUGCUUGCUGGUGUGGAUGCGAGUGCGGCAUGGGCUAAGGCUUCAUCAAGGAGUGGAGAGGCCGAUUGGGAGACAUGGCAUGAGAGGCUGUGUCAUGUGAACUUCCCUAUGCUGCAGAAGUUGGUGAAGGAUGGGAGCCUGAAGGGCUUGGAGGUGAAAGGGGGAGUGAAGGAGAUUGGGAGCUGCCCUACAUGCUUGGAGACCAAGUUCUCCAAGUUCCCCUUCAACAGCACUACAGGACCAGCCAAGACCCCACUUGCACUUGUGCACAUGGAUGUGGUGGGGCCCACAAGAGCCCCUUCCCUCUCAGGCAGCCGCUAUUUCUUGACAAUUGUGGAUGACCACACUCGGGCAGUGUGGGUUUACCCUUUGAAGAGCAAGGGGGAGGUGGCAGCGGCUGUCCUUAAGGAGUGGAUGCCUAGAGCUCAGAGGGAAUGCGGAUACAAGGUGAAGGUGAUCCGCAGUGACAAUGGUGGGGAGUUCAUUGGAGCUGAUUUUGAGGGGGAGUUGAAGAGGAAGGGGAUCCAGCAUCAACUGACAGUGCCCUACAACCCGCAGCAGAAUGGCGUGGCUGAGAGGUUCAACAGGACCCUGCAGGAGGGGGCACGCACUCUCCUUGGGCGUGCAGGGCUGCCUGAUCCGUUUUGGGUGUCUGCACUGAGGCAGGUCGCCCUUGUGAAGAACAGGGUGCUGGCUACAGUUGGAGAUAAGGAGUGGAUCCCAUAUGUCAAGUGGUAUGGGAGUGCUCCAACUGUGAACAUGCUGAGGGCAUUUGGGUGCAUGGUGGUGUUUCAUGUGCCUAAGGAGAAAAGGGGGAAGUUGGAGGCUUCUGGAAGAUGGGGUGUGCACUUGGGGAUUGCAAAGGAUCACAAGGGGUGGCUGCUAUGGGACUUGACCACCCAGAAGUUGACAGUGUCAAGGGAUGUGAAGUUUCUUGAGUCCCUAUACUACAAGGAAUGGAAGCAGCAGCAACAGAAGCUUCCAUCUACACCGCUCAUUGUGGAGGCAGAUGAGGUGCAGCAGCCUUCAAGACAGGUGGAGGUUGCAGUGUCAGAGGAGGAGAUGUCUGGGGUGACUGAGGAAGGGGGAGCAGCUGAAGUAGAGCAGCAGCAGCAGCAGCAGCAUGAGUCUCCACCUCGAGUUCCACACCCGCCUGAGCGUCCUAGGAGGGAUGUGCGCCCUCCAGUGAGGCUGACCUAUGGGGGAAGAGGCAAGCCGAAUGUGGUGCAGGCUGGGAGUGUGGUUGAGCAGAUUGAGGAAGAUGAGAUCGCUCACUGCUACUGGGCACCAAUCCCUGAGCCCAAGACUCGAGAGGAGGCUUUGAAUGGACCAAAUGGGGAGAAGUGGAAGGCGAGUGAGGAUGAGGAGUUUGGGUCCCUGAUUGAGAACGAGACAUGGGACCUGUGUGACUUGCCUCCUGGGAAGAAGGCAAUCACUUCCAAGAUGAUCUACAGGCACAAGUAUGGACCUGAAGGGGAGCUGACCCGCUACAAGUCUAGGCUUGUGGCACGGGGGUUUCAGCAGACAAAGGGGAAGGACUAUGAUGAGGUGUUUGCUCCUGUGGGGAAAGGAACAACACUGAGGGUGCUGUUGGCGAUAGCUGCACUCCUGGGAUGGAAGAUACGGCAGAUGGACAUUGUGACUGCCUUUCUGAAUGGGAUCAUUCUGGAGGAGGUGUACAUGAAGCAGCCAGAGGGGCUGGAUGAUGGGAGCGGCAGGGUCUGCAGGCUGAAGAAGGCCAUCUAUGGCCUUAAGCAGGCGCCUCGUGCAUGGUAUCACAAGUUGGAGGAGGCGCUGCUGGCUGGGGGUUUCAAGAAGAGUGAGUGUGACCCCAGCCUGUUCCUGCUGCAGGAGAAGGAUGAAAUCCUCAUGCUCUUGGUGUAUGUGGAUGAUAUCCUUCUCUUCUCUGCAUCAACUGCUUUGCUGGACAGCGCAGAGCAGAUGCUGGAGAUGCAGUUCAAGUGCUCCAAGAUGGGUGAGGUGAAGUACUACUUGGGGAUGCAUGUGGAGAGAGAUGUGGAGAAGGGUGUGCUGAGGUUGCACCAGAGGAAGUACUGUGAGGGGCUGGCUGAGAAGUAUGGGCUGCAAGAUGGGGGAAAGCCAGCAACACCACUACCUUCAGGGUUUACUGUGGAGCCAUGUGCUGAUGAGGAGGUAGUGGGUGAGAGUGACAGGAAGCUGUUUCAUUCGAUGGUUGGGUCGCUGAACUAUGCUGCAAAUCAUACACGGCCUGACAUUGCAUUUGCUACAUCACGGUUGGCUAGUGUGGUCUCACGCCCUAGUCAUGAGCAGCUGGAAGCGGCCAAGAGGUUGGUCCGCUAUGUGAGUGCUACGGCAUCAGUGGGAUUGGAGUACAGUGGAGUGAGGCAGCGGUUGCAGAGAGGUGCUGCAGAUGUGAAGAGUGGAGAGAUGCUCUUGAGUUGCUAUACUGACGCUAGCUUCAACUCAGUGAAAGCGGAUGGCACCAGCAUUGGGGGUUAUGUGUGCUUGCUAGGAGGUGGUGCUGUGAGCUGGCGCAGCAAGAAGCAGAAUGAGGUGGGAUUGUCCUCAUGUGAGACUGAGUACAUGGCCUUACACCAUGGGGCCAAGGAAGUGGUGUGGCUGAGGCGCUUGUUGGAGGAGUUGGGAGUUGGUCAGGAGGAGCCGACAGUUGUGUUCUGUGACAAUGAGUCUGCUGUGAAGCUCGCCAAGAAUGCUUGUCUGCAUGGGCUGACAAAACACAUAAGGCCUAAGUGGCAUUGGGUGAGGAGACUCCUUGAUAAGGAGGUGCGGCUGGAGAUAGUGAAGACCCAUCAGCAGGCAGCAGAUAUUUUCACCAAGCGUCUGGCGGAGGCGGAUCAUUGGAAGGGCAUGAAGCUUGCUGGGAUGAGUGUGCAUUGAGUUUUUUGUGAUGAUAGAUCUUGAGAAGAUCUUUCCGACGCAACGAGAAUCCCUUCAAUCGGAGCAAGAACGCGAAAGCUAUGAAGAUUCAAAGUUCAUGAGCUUGCGUUACAAUUGCGGCGGUUACAAAGUGAAGUUGUGGGGUGACUUUAUAUGGAGUUGGGACCUUUGGGGUUGGGUAAACUUGUCACUCUACUGUAACAGCUGCAAAUAGGUUGGGAACAACCAAGCUAGGUUGGCAAGGGUGGCCAACUUGGAUGGAUUGGUUGGGAAGGGACAAAGGUCAAAGUUGAGGUUCCUAUAGGGAGGGAAUCUUUGUGCUUAUGGGGUUUCCUUGGUUGGGGACUCUCUUGGGACCUUCCCUCUCAUCCCUCUCUUCUAUCCCAACCUUUCUCUUGCUCCUCUAAUUCCUUCGUCGCGAAUACUUCAUCAAUCAACAUGAUUCAAAUUGGGAACGGUAGCUGAGAUUAAGAGCUACAACAUAUCCAAGUUUCGCGACAUUCCAACGGCUAGUUUUCUGUCGACGUCGUUUCUUGUGAAGACGACUUUUCUGUCCAGAAUUUCGGAUUUAUAUUUUUUGAGUAAUUCUAGCUCCUAAGUUCA